AAUAUAUGUAUGUCACAGGUUAAAAAGUGGAGCAUGUGUUUGAGUCACUGUUGGAGUCAAAUAAAAGACACUCACCCGCUCCUGUAGUAGUAAAAAGAAAAAAAACUAAAAAAAACAAAAAAGCUAAAGUUUGGUGUGAACGGAGCGUGUGAGAGAUGUUUUCACCUCUGAGCGGCGGACAAGUUUAAAUGUGCCGCAUGUCAGAGCGCUUUCUCUCCUAGGUGAGGAUAAAACAGUCCAGACUCUGCUGCUUUUGUUGUUAUUUUUCUUCUUUCUUUCUUUUUUUUUUCCUCUUCCUUUUUACUGGCAGUCUGAGUUAAGCUUAUGACUUUUGACACACUCCGGGAGCGACGCUGCAAAUGGGCGGCAUAGGUGGCAGCCUCUACCUCAGCAUGUUGAAUGGGACUGAAGCGCAAACUCUCGGAAAGAGCGUCGACAUCAGCAGCCACCUCCACCGCGGCGGCAAGGAUCUAGCCGAGUUUAAGAUGGGCAUCCAGGACGCCCGCUUCUACUAUUCGGACUCGGUUCAGGGCGGCCAGGACCCUCUCAGCCUGCCCUACCACACGGAGCAGACAGUGGGGGGUUACGGGGCGCAGCCCGGUAGGUUUUACGCGCAGACCCUGAGCGGCUGCCCCUACGGCGGCGUGCGCUCUCCGCAGAGGAGCGGCGCCGGGCAGGGAUACGUCCCCGCGGCGGGAGAGGGUUUCCCCACUGGAGGUAAAGACCCGGUGUACUCCCCCUCUGCGGAGAACUACCCGGCGGGCUUCCAGCAUGGCUACCAGCGGCCUCUCUACCCUUUACCUGGGCUGCAGGUGUGCGGGAAGACCCAGGUUCUGCUAAAUAACUACCCGCUGUGGGCCAAGUUUCACAAGUUCCAGACCGAGAUGAUAAUCACCAAGCAGGGCAGGAGGAUGUUUCCCUUCCUGAGCUUCAACAUCAGCGUGCUGGAUCCGUCUGCCCACUACAACGUCUACGUAGACGUGGUUCUGGCCGAUCAGCACCACUGGAGGUACCAGGGAGGCAAAUGGGUCCAGUGUGGGAAAGCAGAGGGAAACAUGCCAGGAAAUCGGAUGUACAUGCACCCUGACUCUCCUAACUCCGGGGCUCAUUGGAUGAGACAAGAAGUGUCAUUCAGCAAGCUCAAGCUCACCAACAACAAGGGCAGCACCAACAACGUGGCACAGAUGAUUGUGCUCCAGUCGCUCCACAAGUACCAGCCACGUCUUCACAUAGUGGAGGUGAAGGAGGACGGCUCAGAGGACCCCUUCCUGUCCUCGAAAGCUCAGACGUUUGUCUUUCCAGAGACUCAGUUCAUCGCCGUCACCGCUUAUCAGAACGCAGACAUCACUCAGCUGAAAAUAGACCAUAACCCCUUCGCAAAAGGUUUCCGCGACAAUUACGACACGCUCUACGCUCCUCCCGACUCUGAUCGCCUCACCCCUUCCCCUACAGAGGGCCAGCAGUUGUUACCGGGGACCUGCUACCCACAGAGCUACCUUUCUGAACAAUAUAUUAGUCCCCUGUCGCAGACCCGMUUCUACGGCCGCGAUCACAUCGGCAUGGGCCAGCAGCACAAAGACCCGUCCUCUAGCCCUGGACCRCACAGUCGCUGGUACCUGCCCCCGCAGCAGAACAUACCACCGAACCGGCUUGACUUCACAUCCUCCUAUGACGGGGACUUUUCUGGAAACGGCUUCUACAAGCCAUUCCCCCUGCAGACGUCCGCUCACCACGCCCUCAGCUACUACCCAGAGCAUCCUUUUGCGUCGAGCAGYGUGUCRGUAUCAGCGGCCGGGUCAGCGGGAUGGAGCACCAGCAGGCACACCCCACAGUAUCCCAGCAAACCCGCCCCCAGUCUGAGCUGGUUCAGACCCAUUUCGUCCUCCUCUUCCUCCUCGUCAUCUUCCACGCCCCCCGGGAACCCCAGGCUGCACCCGCCCUCGCUCCUGGAGUCCCUGCAGCCACCUGUGCUGCACGAAAAGCCGAAAGACCCCACCGGGGUKGCAGCCGAGGACCCCUGGCUCGAGCCGCCCUCCGUCAAAUCAGCAGACUCAGCCGACUCGGGCAUGUUCGAGGGAAACAAGAAGAGGAGAGUGUCGCCCUACACGUCCAGCACUGAAAACUCCCCGCCUCCGCGUGCCGGGGAGGCCUGUGAAAAAGACAGCAACAGCGAUCCAGACUACUACGGCUAUUACACCCACUGAGGGCCUCCCGUUUCAUCACAAACGUUUCCUAACGCCCUCUCACAGCRCCCCUGAGUCUGCCGGUCUGCAAGGUCUUCAUGAUGGAUUGAAACAAACAGAACCACAAAACGUAAGCCCUCACAGUGAAAAACAUCCACAGCGUAAAGUUUCAUCUCACAAGAGUCAAAAUGAUCACAGGAGGAACUCUUUAAAGGACAGCGACAAAGUAAACAGAAGUGGAUGUGACUGGGACUCUGGCCUACAGUCACAUAAACACCAAACAGACAUACAGAGGUGUGACUGAAGUCUUUGAAACAUCUGGAGAUUUAAGACGGGGGGAGGAGGGGGGGAGGCCCAAACAUCUGCAUAUCUGCUUGCUGACAGAUGCCUGCAGGAAUUGUCUGUUCUUUCUGCAUCAAACCCACUCCGGCUGCGGUGCCAUGUCUUGUCUGUGUCUUCCUUCGCACCUUCAACCGUUUACACAUUUCUUCGCGAUGUGCUCACGUUCAUUUCUCCCAGUAAUUCUACGCCGAAACUGGUUAGCAAAAAAAACACAAAAAAAAAACAGAAAAACUCAUGUCCUCUCUAACCUUUGGCUCAUGAUAAACGAUGCGGCUCCCACUUGUGGCAGUGGAGGAGAAGUGCAGGCAGUUGGUGUAAAGGUCAAAGUCAGAGCAGGGUUUAGUACAGCUUAGCAGAUGCGUGUUAAUAGUGUGGCAGUGACGGCAAAAGCACAAUGAAAUAGACACAUUAUCUGGAGGUUGCGCAGCAUCUGACAGUGAUUAUUCAUGCAUAAUGUUUAAUCAUACACACAAAGUUGAAAACAAAGGCAGAUUUAGGUCCUUUCAUGUGUUCAAACACCUAGAAGUUUUCCAAAUUUUCUCUAAUUAUUACCUCAAACCUGUUUUUUAAUGGCAUUCUGUGAUAGAGCAAUGCAAAUUAGUGAAUAAUUAUGAAGCUCAACAACUUUUUGAUACUUUUUUUCCUUUUUUACAAAUAAUCUAAAAAAAUGUGACAUUCAUAUGAAUUCAACCCCACCAAUCAAGGGGUUAUGGCACAGAGCCAUAACCCCUCAAAGUGUGCAUGGAGAGACUGAAAUUUCUGACCGUUCGUCUGUGCAAAAACACCUUAACUUUAAAUUUUCAAUCAAUUGUUAAUCAGAUUUGGCCAUUCUUACAAAUGUAUUUGUUUUGAUCUAGAGUUCAAUUUCGUGUAGGAAGAUGAUUCGCAGCUCCAGGCUCAAGGCUUUGCAGUCUCUAUCGGGUUUGCCUACAGGUUUAAUCCAUGUUCCCAAUAACUCUUACCGGUUUUAGUGUCUCUGAAAAAAAGCAUCUCCGCUGUAAGUUGCCACCUUUUUAUGGUGGGGAUGGUGUGAUCAGGAUUUUGGUUUUCUGCCUCACYGUUUUAUAUGAAGGUGAAAAAACAGGAUUUCAUUUAACCUGAUCACCUCAUCCUUCACCUCCUCUCUUGCCUCUAUUUUAACAAUUGAUUUCUUAACACAUAARUCCCAGAUUUGUUGACUGUAACAUCAUUGGAUAUCCCCCAUAUGUGUCUCUGCAGCUCCAUCAGAGUAACCAAGCCUCCUUCAUGGUUUUCUGAUUAAUUGUCUCGCUGCCCAGUCUGUCAGUUUAGGUAGACAUCGUUGUCUUGGUAAGUUUGUAGUUGUGCGAUACUCUUUCCAUUUUCAGAUGAUGGAGAGGUCACUGCUCUUUAAGUUUGGAAUAUCUGCUAUAAACUUCAAUCACUCACCCUUUUUUUCCACUUAACWUUUAGCAGCGGCUGCAGGGUAACGAUUGAUUUAGAUAGACUUGUACUUUAUGAAAAAAGCUUCAAACAAGACUAGCUGAGGCAUGUGGGUGUAAAGUGCGAAGAUUCUGACCUUGCAAUAAUUAGUCGGCGUUAAAUCACUCCCGUCAACAAACCCACAAUCAGUAUGAGCAUCAAUAACUGCCGAACAGCGUCACCAAGAGAAGCAUACAGGCUUUUAAAACACAGACAAAAUGGCAGUCAUUCUGUAGAUCAGUUGAUAGCAGGCCGUGAGGACGCCCACAUGCACCUGUAGUUAAACUGUCAGCCUCAGACCACAAUAAACAGGAAGCACAAAGUGACCAGACCGACACUCUGAAUUUCCCCCCUGGUCUCAGGACCCAUCAUGUGGUGACGCUGGUUGACAGAGGCCCGGCUCCUGGCCUGGUGACAGAAAUAAAGAGUGAGGCCACAGUCGGAGCUGAUCAGAGGUCUGCUUCUCACUCCUCACCAGGUGUGCUAAACGCCUCAGACAACACCGGAGGCGACAAGCGAGCGCCCAGUGUUAUCUAUCAGGGAAAUUUCAAUGUUGACCGUCCAAGCUCAAAUUGAUUACACAUGUGUGAAAUGCAUGGAGAUGGUGUUAACUGAUGGAGCCAUUACUACUGCGACAAGCAGAAAUUCAACAACUGCCAUAUGCAGUUAAAGCCGAGUAGAAAUGCUUGUUGUUAAAAAAGCAUGUUUACAUUUUAACCUCUUUGUAAAUUUAAUGAGCCUGUAGACUGUAAAUUUGCAGAGAAAAGAAAGGGAAAUAUUUAAAAGCAUUUCUAAAACAGUUUCCAUGAAACAAAAGGUUGUUGCAUCCACCUAUAUCCAUUUCUAUUCAUUUUUUAUAACCGCUCAUCCUUGCAGAGCUGCAGGGAGGACUGGUUAAUAUCUACAGGGGUCCUUGGCCACCCUGGGUAAAAUCAGUAUGACACACACUUAUUCACACCUAAGAACAAUUUAGAGAGGCCGACUAACCUACGUCAUGUUUUUGAACUGUGGGAGGAUGCUGGAAUUCYCAGAGAGAACCCAGAAAUACACAAGGAGAACAGGCAAACUCCACACAGAGAGACCCAAGACCGAGAUUUGAACUCAGGACCUUCUUGCUGCAAGGCAACGCUGCUACCAGCCGCCCACUGUGCAGCCACAACUUAUAGCUAYAUAGRCUAAAUAACCAUAACAAGUAGCUAAAAAUACAUUUUACUGGUUUCAUAAGAUUCAAACUUUAAAAUUUUGUARUAAUGCAUUCAACUGGUGCUGAAACUAUCAGCUUGAUUAGCCUAUUUUUACUAAAUGACACCGUGGAGCUACUUGUAGUAGCUAAUAGCUACAAUUUACCGGUGACAUGGCAUUAGCUUAAGCUAAUCAGUAGCUUUUUGUUAUUUAUUUAAUGCCAGAAAUUAAAUAAACAGGUUAUGAAAUGUGUAUGUAAUGGUCUGAAUGGUAACAGAUGUAACGAUUCAUUAAAUAGUAACAAGGUGCUGAAAACACAUUAGAGGGAAAAUCUCAUUGUGUUUCUCGUGUUAUGUUUCUACAAGAAAAUGUUUCUUAUUUAAUAUAUUCAUAUUUGUCAAAUAAUUAUUCACGCGGUACGUCGAUGAAGGUUUUCCAAUGUUCUGUAAGGGCAUUUGAAUGAAGAUGAAAUUAAUUUAGGGCGAGGGUGCACAUGCAGAAACAAAGAGAGAAAGUGUCACAGAAAUACCGGCCUGCAAAUAUAUCAGUUGCUUUUUUUUAAUUUUCUAUGGUCUCCAUGGUAAACAAAUGACCUCUCACCUACAUGGCGGCAAAAUCUCACAUCAAACAGCUGCAUGAAAAUGCCGUCAGAUACCUCAGGAAGGGCCCCUGCUGAACAUCCCAGACCUUAUGAGAAACUUUAACCAGUGACUCGACUCCUUCAGUGUUUUUUU